CUCACGUGUCUGUGACGUCGCCGCAACCCGGAAGUGAGAGCGGGAAGGUGAAGCCAGUGGGACAACAAACAUGGCUCGUAGUUUACUUUGCAAAGCGGUCGGUGUGUUUCGGCUCAGCGGGACUUCGCCGCCGCCGGCGGGGCCUCGUUUCUGCUCUCGGGCUGAACCGGAGCCGCUGACGGUGAGACAGCAGAACGACGGAAUAAGGAAAAUAAUAUUGAACAACCCCAAGAAGAGGAACGCUCUGUCUCUGUCCAUGCUGGAAUCCCUCCGAGAAAACCUCCUCACCGAUGUGGACAGCGAUGAUCUCAGAGUUGUGAUCAUUUCAGCCAGAGGUCCCGUGUUUUCCUCCGGACACGACCUGAAGGAGCUGACAUCCGCUCAGGGCAGAGAAUAUCACACAAAGGUGUUUCACACCUGUGCAGAGGUAAUGACUCUGAUACAAGACAUACCGGUUCCGGUAAUCGCCAUGGUGGAUGGCGUUGCCACGGCAGCCGGUUGCCAGCUUGUCGCCAGCUGUGACGUCGCCGUGGCGACGGAGAAGUCCACCUUUGCCACUCCGGGUGUCAACGUGGGCCUUUUCUGUUCGACGCCGGCGGUGGCCAUCGGCAGAGCUGUGCCACGGAAGGUUGCCAUGGAGAUGCUGCUGACAGGAACUCCCAUCUCAGCCCGCGACGCCUUGCUGCACGGUUUGAUCAGCAGAGUCGUGGCAGAGGAGCGACUCGAGGAGGAGACGUUGGCCAUCGCCCGGCGGGUGUGUCAGGCCAGCCGGCCCGUCGUCGCCCUCGGCAAGGCCACUUUCCAGAGACAAAUGGCUCAAGGCCGAGACGCAGCGUACGCCACCGCCUCCAAGGUGAUGGUGGACAACCUGGCGCUAAGAGACGGGCAAGAGGGGAUCCGGGCCUUCAUCGAGAAACGCAAGCCGGUGUGGAGCAAUAAAGCAGAAAAGGCCCACGACUGACGGACUGUUGAGAUCACCACGGGAGGUCGUGAUUAUCGUGACGGGCCCACGUGUUCGGCCGUCGCUGGUCUGAAUUUAUUUGCAUCAGUCCCGAGUCAUUUAAUGGGCUAUGCUACUUUUUAAAUGUGGCUGUGUAAUUCGCAAGAUUACAAUGAUUGAGUUUUGAACUGUUGACUUCCUGCACAUUGAGACUAAAGGCGAUUAGCGGAACCAUAUUGUGCCUUAAAGCUGCUGAUGAGAAAAGACUCUCGCCGUUACCACUCAGAGGAAUUGAGCUGUUUGAUGACUUUACUGACUCUUAAAGCUAAAGAAUGCUGCUUCCUGUGUUUGUAUAAUUGUACGUGCAAUACAUAUGGUUACUAAUUGGUAUUGGUGAUUUUGAAUGAGCGUGUUUCUGGAGGUUGAAGUUUACUUCAUAGACUAAACUAAUGUUUUCACACUGAUCAUUCAGCGGUAUAACUCAUGAUGCUGUCACAGAAAGCCAUAGCAUCCUGGUAUCGACCUCUAGAAUCAAUCAUCAUUAAUUACAAUUCAGUUAUUAAAGUAUGACUUUGCCUCA